AUGGAAAAGUUGACCAAUCUUCUUUUGUUAGAUCUCAGAGAUUGUGGACAGCUGGAGUUUAUCCCACGAGGUGUCAUAUCCAAUUUGACUAGCCUGGAAGAAUUAUACUUACCAGAUACUUUUGACCAAUGGGAGGCCACAGAUCACAAGAGGCAGGACAAAAGCAUAAGAAAUGUGACCCUCGAGGAGCUAAGGUGGUCAUUGAGUACUGGCCAACUAACCACUUUACAGAUGAAUGUACCGGAUGUCAUGCUAUUGCCCAAGGAGGGCCUAAACUUUGAGAAUUUGAAGAUAUUUUGGAUCUCAGUGGGACUGUAUUCUUACUCUGCGAAUAUUUCUUCUCAAAGAUACACGCCGUAUACAAAUUUACCAGGGACAAGGGUAUUUAAAUGUGAACGGUCUUCUUUGCCAAAUGAGUUCAUCCCAUUGGUGGACAAAGCUGAAUCGCUAUAUCUCAAGGACAUCGAGGGUUUGAAGAAGUUGCUUCAAGACAGAGGAGUUGGUAAUAAUAGAUUUCUUGACUUGAAAUACCUCGAAGUUAGGUCAUGUGAUGAUUACUUGGAAUAUCUUAUUGGUGAGCCAAAAUCAUUUGACCAAAGUCAUGGGCUACUAUAUCCCUCAAAGUCGUUCAAUAAUUUAAUUGAGGUAAUUGUUGAAAGAUGUGAGUUAAAGUAUCUCUUCUCCCCAUUCUCCACAAGAGGACUUGUCCACCUAAAAAAGUUAAAAGUAAAAUCCUGUGAAAUCAUGGAGGAAAUAGUUGGAUUUGAAGGACAAAAUGAUGAAGAUAAACUCACAAGUGCGGUGAACUUCAGUAAACUGAGUCAAUUGCAAUUGACGGAUCUACCAAAUCUCAUAAGCUUCUACGCGAAAAAGGAAAAGACACGAACAACCAUGGGAAGUUCUUCUGCCCAUGCCCAACCUCUCUUCAAUGAAAAGGUUGUUUUCCCCGUCUUGGAGAUAUUGACCAUUUGUGGGGUGGGUAACAUAAUAGAGAUUUUGGACAACCACUCAAUUGCAGUCUGGCAAGAACAAGGGUCCUUCUGCAAACUGAUGGAAAUGAAUGUCGAUGAAUGCGAUAAACUGAUGCAUGUGUAUCCGUCUAAUAUGCAUCCAUUGUUAAAGAAUCUAGAAAAGCUAAAUGUAGAUGAUUGUGGAAUCAUGAAGGGAGUGGUUAGAUUUGAAGGACAACUAGGUGAAGAUGGACUCAGAAAUGAUCCGAUAUGUUUCCACAAAUUGACUAAUUUGAGCUUGUCAAAUCUUCCAAAUCUUGUAAGCUUCUGUACUGAAUCAGGGACGGUACCGGGCACAACCAACGACGACGCUACUAUCCAUGGACAAUCCAUUUUCAAUGAAAAGGCUAUUUUUCCUGUCUUGGAGAGAUUGUUCAUUCGUAUGUUGGAUAACAUAAUAAAGAUUUGGGACAAUCAAUCAAUUGCUGUCGUGGAGGAACGAGGGUCUUUCUGCCAAUUGACAGACGUGCAUGUCGAAAGUUGCAAUAAACUGAUGCAUGUGUUGUCGUCUAAUAUGCAUCCACUGUUAAAGAAUCUAAAAGAGUUAGUACUACGCAACUAUGGAACCAUGAAGGGAAUAACUGAAUUUGAGAGAGAAAUAGAAGAAGAUGGACUUAGAAAUGAGGUUGCUUCCCCUGCCCUGGAACAUUUAGAGAUGGUUGGGGCGCCAAAGCUAACAGAGGUUCAGGAUAAGCAACCACUCCCACAACCUAGAAUAGAAGUUGAAUCCUUGAGCAAACUGGAGUGCAUUAUGAUUGGGGGCUGUAACCAAUUGUUGUAUGUAUUUCCCUCCAAUAUGCUUCCUCAGAAUCUGCAAGAACUCGAGAUAGAAAAUUGUGACGUGUUGGAGGUCAUAGUCUCAAAGGAACUGAAGGAGAAAGAAGCGAUCAACCAUGACAUCAUUGUGUUCCCUCAGUUAAAGUCUGUGACACUUCGGUAUUUGCCUAAGCUCAAAAGUUUCUAUACCGAAACGCAAGGCCUCUUCUCCGACAAGGUUGCUUUUCCUGUCUUGAAAAGUUUGUCUUUUGAGAAUUUAGAUAAGAUAACAAGAAUUUGGGACAACCAACCACUCUCAGAACUAGAAAAAGAAGCUAAAUCCUUCUACCAACUUAUGGACAUUUAUGUUCUGUGUUGUGUGCACUUGGAGUAUAUAUUGCCCUUCUAUAUGCUUCCUCAGUUAAAGAAUCUGCAAGAACUCACUAUAUGCGGAUGUACGAAGAUGGAGGUGAUAAUCUCAAAGAACCCGAAGGAGAAAGAAGCCACCAUCAAUGAUACCAUUUUGUUCCCUCAGUUAAAGACCGUGAAACUUAAUGAGUUGCCUAAUCUCAAAAGUUUAUGUACUGAAACGCAACUCUUCUUCUCCAACAAGGAUGCAUUCCCAGUAUUGGAGACAAUAAAACUAGUCCCUAAAGGUACUUUAGAGUUUCUCUGGAACGAGAUGGCCCCUACGAAAGAGGUAUCCACGGAGGAAUGUGGUACAAGUGGCAAAGAAAGUGACCAUAAUGGUGAACAAGGCUGAAGAUCAUGAUGAUGGAAACCUAAUGUUUGCGCUGGCCGGAAGUUAUGGGCGCCGUUCAGGUUGCUGGGAAGACAAGAAUGCGUUGGAGUAGCCUCCUACAUCCAGGUGCAAAACUUGUUCAGUUGAAGGUGCAUCUGACGAUGAUGCUUUUCUCUAUUUGGACCAUAAGAAGGAGAAUUUUCUAGUUUUCAAGUUUGUUUGUGUUUUAAGCUACAAUCGCUUUUAUAUGGCUUCUCUGCAGUCUGCGUUUGGACUGCAGAGAGCGGUCCGGACAAUCUCAAUCGUCCAAAAGUAUUUUGAAUGGUUAGAUUUUAUCGAAAGACUAUUCGCGAAAAUAGUCUUUUAUUCACACGAAUAGUUUGUAUUAGAUCAGAACCCUUGAUUGAAGAAGUGAACGAACAAGACUUCUCUACAGUCUAACUGCAGAGGAGUUGGAUCCUUUCCAAUUCGAGCUAGACCUCACAUUGGAAACUUGUUAGUCCUUCGUAUUCUCAUGUUUGUGAACUUUUGUGAGAUUGCUUCUUGGACAUUUGUUUUGCAAACUAUAUCUGUAAUAAUGUUUGUGAUUUGGAUUGUAAUAAUAAAUAUCGGAUGAGUUCUGUGAUUGUAAUAAUAAGGUUCGUGAACUUAUGAACUUAACCUAAA